AUGAAUUAUGAUGAAUUUCAAAGUGAUAAAAAAAGAAAUAAUAAUUCAAUUCAAAUAAUUAAACAUUCAGAAGUACCAUUUUAUUAUAAAACCAAUUUAAAUGGAUUAUUUAAGAAAUUACCAUACUGUUAUAUAAAAGUGAAUAAUUAUGAAGAGAUUAGAGAAUGUAUUGAAUAUGCAAAAUCAAUUAAUAAACAAGUAUCAAUUAGAAAUAGUGGUCAUUCAUGUUGUCAAUAUUCAAUAAUUGAAGAUUCAAUUAAUAUUGAUAUGUCAAAUUUAAACCAAAUCAUAUCAAUUGAUAAAGAGAAAAUGACAGCAAAAGUUCAAAGUUCACUGAAAUUUAAAGACUACUAUAGGAUCACCACCACCAAAGAAGAGGGACACUUAAUGACUACACCAGGGGGCGGUUGUGGUGAUGUCGCCAUUGGAGGGUUGGUGAUUGGCGGUGGAUCAAAUUAUUUGUCGCCUAAAUGGGGCACUUUAAUCGAUAGUGUCCUAUCAAUGACAGUCAUGUUAUCGAAUGGCUCAAUUGUUGAAUGCAAUGAUUCAAAUCAAUAUUCAGAUUUGUUUUGGGCAAUGCGCGGAUCAGGCCACGGUCUAUCAAUACUCCUAGAUGUAACACUUCAACUAAAACCAAUUGAACCAUCACUCUAUCAUUACUCUUUAAAAUUAAAUUUCAACAGUAUUCAUUUCUUUGAAAAUCUUUUAAUUAUUGAUAAAUUCACUAAAACAAUGGAUACCAGAAUUUAUCUAUCAAUUGAUUUUAGAAAAAGUUUUAAAUGUCAACAACAACAGCAACAGAAACAGCCACCACAACUUUUAUCAAGAUUAACAUAUUUUUUUAAUGGUCCGCCUGAAGAGGGUGAAAUGCAUUUUAAAGAAUUAUUAUCAUUAUUAAAAAGUGGUGGUAAUGGUGGUGGUGGUAAUGGUGAUGGUGAUGGUGGUGGUGGUAAUGGUGGUACUGGUGAAGAAUAUGAAUUUAAAAAAGAAAUUAUGGAUUUUAAAAAAGUUGGGAAAUCAUUUUAUGAUAUUAUAAGUUCAUUUCAAAUUGAACAAAAUGAAAAGGCUAGAUCAUUUUCAAAAGCAAGAUUUUGUAAAGAAUUAAAUGAGUCAAAUAUAGGUUUUAUAAAGAAUAUUUUAGAUUCAAUGCCAAGUAGUUUAGAGUCUAUGAAUGUACCAGAUCCAAACUCAUCAUUUUCAAUUAUGAUGUAUUAUCAUGGUGGUCAUUCCAAAACAAUUUCAAAGGAUAAAUGUGCAUAUGUUCAUCGUGAUAAUAAUUGGUCAAUGGUUGUCAUGGCAAACUAUAGUCAAUAUGAAAAUGAUGAUUAUUUCAAUAAAUGGAAAUUAAUUAUUGAUGAUAAUUUAUCAAAUAUUGGUAAUUUCAUUUAUCAGAAUUAUCCUGACCAUGAAUUAACUUUGAAAUUACGUAAUACUCAAUCUUUAUUUAAAAAUGAUUCAAAUCUUCAACAUCCUUAUUUUGGUCACCAUUUUCAAAAAUUAUAUUCAAUUAAAUUGAAAUACGAUCCAACAGAUUUCUUUUCAAAUCAUCCACAAUCAAUUAAAUUAAAUUAA